AAAGGGGAGGAUUCUGAUUUCAUUCAAAGCCAGUUACUGUUUGUAUUUUCCUGUACCGGUAGUAGCAUUGUGUUGGGUUGAUUUGCGGGUAUUACUUGAUUUCGUCAUGGAGGGCAUAGCAUUGCCGGUGGCCCUCGCUGGCCUGGUUCUGCUGACGUCCGUCGCUAGUGAAGCAAGCUUAGCGCGCGGCUUUGGCGACCACCUCGAUUGGAAAACGCAAGCUGACGGCCUAGCUGAGGCCAAGGAAAGCGGAAAGCCGAUAAUGAUGCUGAUCCACAAGUCAUGGUGCAGUGCAUGUAACGCGUUGAAGAAGGAGUUCCAGAAUCCUAAUGAUGACAUUGACAAACUUUCGAAACACUUUGUGCUUGUGAACUUAGAGGAUGAUGAAGAGCCGCGCGAGGAGAAAUAUGGUCCUGACGGCAAAUACAUUCCUCGCAUUCUUUUCCUCCAUAGUGAUGGUGAGCCAGAUGUGGACAUUCAAAAUGUAGAAGGCAACCCAAACUACGUUUACUUCUACUCCCAAGCCAGUGAAGUGACUGCAUCCAUGAAGGAGGCGCUGCGGAAAAUGCCACCAAAGGACUACAGCCCCCACACAACCGAGCUGUGAGGACACACGAGCCGGCCGAGCCAUGGAGUUGUCCAACCUCUGCGUCUUAUUAUCACGGGACUGGGGUUGGUUGAAGCUACUGUUGUCCUUCAUUGUACAUAACUAUCACCUUCGAAGCAUGGACGUGAUAAAUAUUGUAUAGUGUUUUCGUUAAUUUAUCUAGGGAAAUUCUACCUGCUGUGUUCUAUGGAAUACUUUGAUGCGUGCAUUUCUUUCCAGUUUCAAAUCUGUUGAAAUUGAAUCCUUCAGAUUUAUCAAAUCGGAGUACUUUCGGAUUUAA